UAUCGUCAAAGGGGUAAUGAAAAAAAAUCAAGGGGAUACCCUAUUUCGGCCACCACUGAAGAAUAUCGAAUGCGCUGAGUACAUCGUCAAAUGUAUGAAAGCCUGCUGGCACGAAGAUCCAGAUCAGAGACCAGACAUCAGAUAUGUUAGAGUGAGACUGAAAGAAAUGCAGGCUGGAUUGAAACCCAACAUUUUUGACAAUAUGUUAGCUAUAAUGGAAAAAUAUGCCUAUAAUCUAGAAGGAUUAGUACAAGAAAGAACUAAUCAACUGACUGAAGAGAAGAAGAAAACGGACGCUCUCCUCCAUAGAAUGUUGCCAAAGACUGUUGCGGAUGCUCUGAAAAAGGGAGAGAAGGUUGAAGCUGAAUCUUUUGAAUGUGUGACAAUAUACUUCAGUGAUAUCGUUGGAUUCACAGAAUUGUCUGCUGUUAGUACUCCUUUACAAGUAAUCGAUUUGCUCAAUGAUCUUUACACUUGUUUUGACUCAAUCAUAUCCCACUACGACGUUUAUAAGGUCGAAACAAUCGGAGACGCUUACAUGGUUGUGAGUGGUUUGCCAUUGAGAAAUGGCGAUCGACAUGCUGGUGAAGUAGCUUCCAUGGCGCUCCAUUUGCUCACUAAAAUAAAAAAAUUCCAGAUCAAACAUAGACAGGGUGAAGUUUUACAACUGAGGAUAGGAAUUCACUCAGGUCACGUGGUUGCUGGUGUGGUCGGUCUAAAGAUGCCCAGGUACUGUCUCUUUGGAGAUACGGUGAACACUGCAUCCAGGAUGGAAAGUUCAGGUCAAGCUUUCAGAAUUCACAUAUCGCAUGCAACUUAUUUGCUUUUACAAAGACUUGGUGGAUAUACUUGUGAGGAGAGAGGAGUUAUACCCAUCAAGGUGAGAAUCAUGGAGGAGGGAACUGAUAAAUUUAUUUUUUUCGGUAGUAUCAGCACCCAAAGAAUUGUUGAAUAUCAUAACGCAAUCUUUGUUGAAUUCAGCGAAAAGGGACCAA